CGUUAGAUAAAGUAUUAGUCUAUUUUGAGCUUUUUUAUUUCGUGUGCAAACCCCAAAUUCAAAUCCCAAACGUCGAGCACAAACUCACUGGGAACACUCGCUUGAAAUCAAAGAACGGGUAGCAAAUUUUCCUGUCAGCAGCCACUGAACGAGAACCAGCUGCAUCCGCCUCUCCUCGCAUCACAAAGGAAUUUAUUCACAAACUGGCAAGUGAACGAGUUGCCAAGCUCCUUGCCGGAGCCGUCACGAGUGUUGUGCGCGGGAUUAACUCGGUCGGCAGGAAAGAACAAGUGCGGUGUAUAAAAAAAUCGAGCAUAGAACCCCAUCCGUAGCGUCGAUAUCAUCGGUGCCGGGAUUCGGCCAACAAAUUCCUACUCGUAAAAACGCCAGCAAAGUAGGCGGGCGCAAUUCGUUCGGAGACAGCGCGGUGGAUAUUAGAUUCCACACGGCGGCGAAAAGAAAUUCCACGACGGCGACGCUCGUUUCGCUUCAUCGACGAUCCGAAUUGGGGCAACGAAGAAGGCGAGCAGAAACGAAACGCUAAGUGUGGAUCAUUCCUUGCUCUAAGAUACGUUGCAUUUUCCAGCUUGACCCAACGCAUUGGGCCUCAGUGCGCGGAAAGUGAUUGGCGAGUAGUCUCGCGUCUAGUGAAUUUCAGAGCCUACAUUAUCACCGCAUUGCGUGGCCACACAUAACCUACUCCAAUCGGGCGAUCAGCGGAGCUCAACAGCACGGUCUCCAAUAGUGCGGCAAGUAGCAUGCGGACGAGUACGACCGGGAGCAACUCUGUUGGUGAGUUCUUAUUGUUACUAUGCUAGAAACGAGAAUUAACAGUUGCGUUUCUCGCAGAUCGUCCAUGCGUCCAACAGAACGACCUCUACGAUCGAUAAUCCGAUUGUCUGUGGGAGCGGCGUGGAGCCAAAAAGCCUUCGAAAAGAAGUAGGUGCCCCAUCCACGCGUUUUAUGAAACUCGAUACUAACUGGAGACAUUGGUUAGGGCUUUUCUUCCACAGCCUAAAACUGCGUCAAAACGGCACGGCCGUGAGGAUCGAUUCACGCUGGUUCAGGGAAGGACGAGACACGAUCGCGACUGCACAUAUCGAGGCCGGCAGCGUCGAGCGCAAAGCAGGAGAGGAGACUGCACAGUGACCGGGAACACGAUUCCGGUUUCGCAGAACGGCCUGGAGGCGAGGCCAACGCAGCAGUGCGGAAGCGAGCUGGUGAGCACUUCGACAGAACCGCGAUGAUGCAGGUGCGUGAGGCGGAGCAAAGAAGAGCAGUUUCGGCGAAGAAGAUGGGUGCACCCGAGAAGAAAUCCGUGAGUACCGAAGAGAAAUGAAACAGAUGAGGAAGAAAGCAGAUAGAAGUAGGGAUUAGGAAGAAGGAAACAAAUGUUUGAAGGCAUGAGAAAUAAACGGUUUGUACACUAAAUUGCUAAUUUGUGGCGUAUGAAUGUUGCUAGCCGGUCCGAUCCUUGCCCAUUUUCACUCAGCGAGAUCGUAUCACAACAUUGGCGCCCAACAAAACGAACCAUUUUAGUUUGUGGUUUGUAGAUUUUAGAAUUUGUGUUCUGUUUGUGGCACAAUUCUGUUAUUUUGUAGCACAUUUGUAGAACCUACCACAUUUUUAGUUUUGUCUAGUUGGCUAAUUAAGACCUUUUGGAUCAUGGAUCCAGCAAGCCUGUUAGAAGAGGAGAUCAGUUACGAACUGGCCUUGCGCCACGUAAACAAUCUCGGAGCACUUCCUCGCAGGGCUAGAGCCGUUCGCUUGCGUGCUCUUAUGCAGGAAGAUGAGAUAAAAGGAAUACUUUAUGACAAUUCCUCCCACGUUAUGGAUGUGGGGGACAAUAUCAGUCAAUGUCAAUCUCGCGUGCGCGAAUUAAUACCCGAAGUGGAAGCAGCUUUGAAGCGCGGUGAUCUCCCAGCAGUUCGUUUACUACGGUCGCGGUUAGUGCACUAUCGGGACAGACUAUCCAUCGUGGAUCCACCGGUAGCUUUCCUCGACACACACGCAGCCGUGGCGCUUUUAGUGCAGUUUUCCCUGGAAGAUGUGGACGAUGCGCUAGGAAGAACGAAGAAAAGUGCCAGACCAGUGAACAGUGACAGUGCCAACAGAAGCAGUACCGGUGCAGUUCCAAAAGGGACCACACAAUCUUCGACCGUGACUGAAGGAGACUUCCUAGGAUUCGACGAGAAUGGAAAUCCAGUCAACCAUUCGGGUACAUCGAAUCAAGCGUCCAUCAUUCACGCUGAGCGACAACAGCGACAUACAGCAUCUCCAGUGACCGAUCCGAUAGCAGCUAGACCUCAACGCGACAGCUCAACACUCCACGACAACGAGAGAGGCGCUGCAUCAUUGGAAGCCAUGCGUACCACGCGAGGAAGAGGUUGGAGCGCGGUUGGUCAGCGAGUCGUCCCGAACAACAGGUUUGAAGCGCAGAAAAACUCCAGCUGGCGAGAACCAACAAUGAGCAGCACCAUUCCACCACCGCCAUAUGAACCGAUAAGAACCGAAGCGGGCGAAGCUGAUGCGAGAGGUGACUACAACCAACUGCGGACCGAUCUACUGCGACAGCUGAACCACAGGCCACAAGAACACGUUCCAAGACCGCUGUUAGAAGAAAGAAGAACGCUGAAGGCCAUCCAUAACUGGCCGUUCAGAUAUAAGGGCGAGAAGGAUGGGUCGUCGCUGAACACCUUUCUGCAACGUGUGGAAAUUUUCGCUGCAUCGGAAGGAGUAACGGAGGAUGUGCUGCUAAGGAACGUCAAACAUCUGCUUCUGGACGACGCGCUCAACUGGUACAGCAGUGUUUACGUAUCGGGAGAGUUGGUAUCCUGGGACGAUUUCAAGCGGCUGAUCAGGCAAGAAUUCUUGCCGGCGAGCUACGCCUACAUUCUGCGGGCCGAAGCAUACCAUCGCUUGCAGGGCGAAGAAGAGCCGUUCUCCAAAUUCUACCAGGAUGUAUCCACUCUCUUCCAAUACGUGGAUCCACCGGUGACAGAUCAAGAGAAACUGUUCAUCAUCAAGAAGAACAUGAACUCAACGUACGCUCCGAUUGCCGCAUCACACCAUUCCAUACGUCUGCUGGUGAAGGCGUGCAAGGAACUAGACGAACUCCGGAAACUACAGCAUCAUCAGCGACGGAUCUCGCUACCGUAUGGGGCACUGAUUGAACCAGCGCUGGCUACACCGAACUCUUCGCUACGUUCAUCGAAGCCACAACAGCCGCUCCAAAGGUUUGGAAAGGUCCACGCUUUGGAAACGGAAAGCUUUCACAGCUAUGGAGAGAGCAGUUCGCAAACAGCCUACGGUGCAGAAGCAGAACAAGUGUCGCAGGACGAAGAAAAGAUGGAUCAGCGGAUGGAAGUCCUAUUACAACAGGUGAACGCAUUGAAGCUGAGAUUCGACCGUCGAGAAGCAGUAGGAAGACAGUCGCCCAACCAACAGUUCCCACAAAUGCCAGCGAACAAUCCUAACAACCAUCGCCAAGUUCCUGAAGCAAACAACGCUCGCGAUCCACCGGCGGCGAUGAUUUGCUGGAACUGUGACGAAGGGGGACACCGGUUCAUGGACUGCGCCAAACCCCAGGCAGUACUGUUCUGCUAUCGCUGUGGACAAAAGGGAUUCUCGUUGCGAAGUUGCCCGACCUGUCUUCAACGCUCGGGAAACGCGCAAGCGGGGAGCCAGUAAC